AUGCCAGGAUGCUGGCAUCAUGUCGUAGAAACUCUGAGCCUAUGCCUGCUCAGUGGCAUUUCGGCCAUAGCAGAGCACACGCAGAUACCGAUACAGCCCUCAUCGAAACAGCCGAAUAUAGUCUUCAUCCUUACAGACGAUCAAGAUCUUCAUAUGGAUUCCCUCUCACAUAUGCCACAACUGCAAAAGUACAUCACCGAACAAGGCACAUCAUUUAGCAGACACUACUGUACAGUAGCACUUUGCUGUCCGUCCCGAGUGAGCUUGUGGACAGGCAAGGCAGCACACAACACAAAUGUCACAGACGUCAAUCCUCCGUACGGCGGCUACCCGAAGUUCAUAUCUCAGGGGUUCAAUGAUGCAUACUUGCCUCUCUGGCUACAAGAGCUCAACUAUGGGACUUACUACGUCGGGAAGCUCUUCAAUGCUCAGAACGUCGACAACUACGCUUCGCCCCAUGCAGCGGGUUGGACUGGGUCCGAAUUUCUUCUGGACCCAUAUACAUACGAGUAUCUGAAUGCAACCUUCCAACGCAAUCACGACCCACCUGUCAGCUAUGAAGGUCUAUAUAGUACCGAUGUCCUUGCAAAUAAGUCUUUCGAAUUCCUGGCCGACGGACUGGAUGCAUAUAAGGCCAGCGGGAAACCAUUCUUCUUGACCAUCGCACCAACAGCACCUCACUCAAAUGUGCAUAUGAAUACCGCUAUUGAUGGGAAUUUCUCCGAAGGCUCGAACACCCAGUCUCCGCCUGUCUCAGCUGAGAGACACGCCCAUCUCUUUGAAGAUGUGAUUGUUCCAAGAACGCCCCACUUCAAUCCUUCCAAUCCUCAUGGCGUUUCUUGGAUAUCGCGUCUUCCCGAACAGAACAACACGAAUCUUGCGUUCAAUGAUCACUUUUAUCGCCAAAGGCUACGUUCUCUUCAGGCUGUUGACGAGAUGGUUGGCGAACUUUUCAAGCGCCUCGAGGAUGCGAGGGUGCUUGACGAUACCUAUGUCUUCUUCUCCACGGAUAAUGGAUACCAUAUUGGCCAGCAUCGGCUCCAACCAGGCAAGCAAUGUCCAUUCGAGGAGGAUAUCAAUAUUCCAUUCAUGGUUCGAGGUCCAGGCAUUGGAAAAGGAGUGACCGCAGAUAUUGUCACAACACACACUGAUCUGGCUCCGACGUUCCUCAAACUCGCUGGUGGUGAGAUCAGAGACGACUUCGAUGGGCAGUUCAUAUCACUACAAACCGCAGGCGAGCAAGGCUAUGGCAACGCUGAACACGUCAACGUUGAGAGCUGGGGCGUCAUCAUGUCCGAAGGCGAUCACGGACAGGUACUCUAUCCAAAUCACACAUACAAAGCUUUACGGGUCAGCGCUGCUGGUUACAGCCUGUUGUACACAGUUUGGUGCAGCGGCGAGCAUGAGCUUUACGAUCUGGUCCAGGACCCUUAUGAGAUGGAGAAUCUGUAUCCAAUGGAUCAUGAGACAAAUCCUGCCGGAGUCAAGGCCACUCUGAAUCAUCUCAUUCCUCGCCUUGACGCUUUACUUAUGGUCCUCAAGACGUGUAAAGGCAGAGGUUGCACACAUCCCUGGGAAGUCCUUCAUCCAGCUGGUAAUGUGAUGUCCUUGCUUGAAGCCAUGACACCCGAGUUUGACGAUUUCUACUUUGGACAGCAAAGAGUGGCGUUUGAGAAAUGCGAAGAGGGAUACAUACUGGAGAGCGAGGGGCCUAUCAAGGUUUCGCCGUACACGUUUGACAACGGAUCUUGA